GUAUAAAAAUAUCUGAUGGGAGCGAUGAGUUUAUAUACCUAUAUUUAGACGAGUUUUAUUCUGGUUUUCAGUUUAGAGGAUAUCAAAGUCGCCAAAGAGAAGAGUGCUGGCCUUCACCGGGAUUAAGCUCAUCGCAAGGGUGUAAGCGCAAGAAGUACCUUCACAAAAUUGGCAGAGUCUCUAUGAAUCUUUUGGAAGGAACUAUGCGUCUGAAGUCCAUGGACGGACCACUGUCCAUUCAUAAUGGCAACAGCAACGACAUAUUAAAUUCCCCUAAGCGGAUUAAUACCAUACAGAAUAGCAACGUUACGAACUUCACUUCCAACCUCACCGCCACAACUGAGCACGUCACAGAAUACGAUGACAUCAACGAGUUCACUGGUCGGACCGAUGAGACACUGAAUAACAUCAAUAGCAGCCAAGAAAAAGUGCAAUGGUGCAACCCUUCUCAAAGGACGAAGAAGCGGGAGCUAACCAACAACGCCAACAACAGAAACCAGUUGCUCAAUAUCAACAACACACUGGCUGCUUCCUUAAGGACCACGAGGCACGGUACCGCCUCCUCCAUCUACUCAGAGUCGUCGCCAGAUGAUAGUCUGCUAGACUUCGAAGACGUCCAUCAGAACGUCUCAUCAGCCGACACAUCUCCCCAGGAUGAGGAUCGCGGUUUCGAUAUUUCCGAUUCCGACUCUUCAGAAGAAAGCAACUUGAGCAACCGCGGCACCGCCACCCUCCAGCGCAGGGGCAUCGUGAACCCGAACUACCCCGGCUUCCAGCACCUCGCCCACACACUCGAUUACAGCAUUAAAGCCUCGUCGGAUACCGAUUUCACAGACGACGACUUCGAAUGCGAAUCAUUAAACACCGCCAAAACCGACGUGAAUAACAUCAACAACAACAAUGUGGAGGACACGGAUUAUCAAAUCGACCACAUUGACAGCGUUAACAGGUUAGAUAGCGUCGAGAACAUCCAGAAGGUCUUCUACGACAAGCCCGUGUUCAACAUCCACGAAGAAUGCAAAAGCGACUCGGACACCAGCGGAAACUCGAAUCAGACGAGCGACGAAGACACGGAAAUCAGCGUGGUAAGGACAGUAGAACUCAAUAUCAAAGCUGAGGAAGAAGCGGUGAAAAACAUCGAAACGCAGAGAGAGAACAUCAUCGGCGAUUUCGAGAAGGAAGUCGAACAGGAAUUCGGAAGGAUCUCGUUGGAAAACCAAUGCAACCUUAAACCGGAAAACGUGUUCGAACUGCCUAAUCUGGAAAAAGCUGUUGUACAAGUGCUGGAGGACACCAUCGAGAAGCUAAACGAAUCGAUCAGUGCGCAAUCUCCUGUCAAAUACAACAUCAAACCGAACGUGGAGGAACAUCUAAAUCAACUGUCUUCGUCGAAAUUAGAGCCGCAACCGGUAAUUCUUGACGACACGGCAACCGUGAAAACUCCGACUAUGCCUUUACUGGAGAAUCUCGAGAGCAAGAGCCCCGUCAUCAUGAAGAGCAAAGUCUCGGACGCGUUCUUGUCGGGCGCUCAGGAGUUAAUUCCGGUCGUUAAGGAAAACAUGUUCGACUGCGACUUCAAGCACAGUAAGCUCCAGAAGCUCGAGCGGAAAGACUCCAACCGAGAGCUGGAGGAGAUAGAGUGCCAGAUCAAGAAGCUAAAAUCUGCCUCUAAAUGCCAAAUUCGGAUCGAGGAUGUGGAGAAGUACAACAAGGAAGCCAUCACCAAGGACUACAAGGAGAAGGACGAAGACAGUGCCGUGCCGCGGAAAAAGGAAAAAAUCGAUUAUUACGUGAAAAAAAGAAAAGACUAUAAUCAACAGUUUGGUAGUUUGAUAACGUUCCCUCGACGUGAGUUCGGUGGCAGGAGUCGGGACGCCCUGAAUAGGCGAUCGGUUCCGAUGGCGAGGGAGAAAAAAAGGACAUCGCCGGAAGUUUUAGGUAGUUUCGACGUAUACAACAUCGAAACAGCAAUGCCAAAAAUCGACUUAGAAGCCAUCGAAUCCCAUCUCCGCGCCGCUAGGGAAGAGGAAAGAAGGAGACGGACUGACAGAGAGGAGAUUCGCCGCAGACUGGCCAUGGGUUCCGAAGACGACUACUACACUGACAGACCAGGCAGGAAACCCAGCCUGCAAGCUAGACUCCAAAGCGGCAUGAAUCUCCAAAUUUGUUUCAUGAAUGAGACUGUUUCUGACAAUGAGAGCCCCAAUUCGGACACGGAGUGCCCCAUGACGAACCCUAAACAACCAAAGACUUCUCCAAAGAUCCUUAAUACUCACUCUCCGUACCAAGAAAAGGUGGUUAUACCCCCCACAAGACCGGCGACUUUGUCCAUUGGUCAGCCGUUGUUACAGCCCGUAACCCAACCCAUGACUGAGACUGAUUUCUUUGCAAGACAAGCACGACUACAGACUGAGGCCAGGAUGGCACUGGCUCAAGCCAAAGAAAUGGCCAGGAUGCAGAUGGAGAUUGAGAGACAGAGACAGAAGAAGAGUCCUAUAACUGAGAUGGUGCGCAACAGUCUGGAGAAGGUGGGAAUCCCGUUUCCAGAGGAGAAGAGGAGGCUGUCGAGACAGAUUUUGACUGAGAUGAAUGUGGCUCAACUCCAGGUUAUUGUGAAUGAUUUGCAUACUCAGAUAGAGAGUCUUAAUGAAAGUCUGGUGAAGUUCUUGAUGGAUAGGGAUGAUCUGCAUAUGGAGCAGGAUUCCAUGCUUGUGGAUAUUGAGGAUCUCACCAGAUAUUUGGGUGCCAAGGAGCAAGUUUUCAAAGAGCAAACGUUGGCUCCAUCCCAAAACAACAACAUACCUCCUCCUUCGCCAGCCCCCUCUUCGCCACUAGCUGCUUUGAAUAGUAGCAUGAAACCCCAUCUUCAUAGGAUAGCAAGUCUCGUUAAGAAAUAACAUAAUCAUUUAGUACUCCACUACAAUUUGUACUGUAAAUAGUUUUCGUAGUUGUUUGUGUUCUGGCUAAUAGGCUUCAACAGGUAGAUCUAGAGAAUUAAUUUAAAGCAAAAUUCUUUAGUUGGAAAAAAGUGAGUUCAACUUGAUACGUAAGAUUUGAAAUUUACAUAAUUAGCGUUUUAACGGUGUGUAAAGGUGACGUUUUACUCGUUGCCGGUGUUAUUUUUGUAAUAAUUUCGUAGUUGAUUAUUUUUAUACUUUUGACAUAUCAAGGUAGUUUAUUUAAAAAUUUUCUCAUAUCGUCACGUUAUUAAUGUAAAUACUUAACUACAUAAUUUUAUGUAGAUGUUGAGCUUAUAACUGUAUAAUAUGGUUGUGUUCCUCAAAGUUUCAGAAACAUAGUGUUACAAGCUAAUUCAAUUGAAUGAGACUAGAGACAAUAUCAAUUUUGCAUGAACUGACUUUAAGUAAGUCAACUGAAUCUCAAGUUGUAUUGGUAGUACUUAUUAGUUUUCUCGUAUUUGUACUUGAAAACUUGUGGUCCAGUUUAUCAACGUAAUAUAAUCAGUCAUACCUUCUCUUAGACACCAACUGUAAUAUAUUAUGAAUUGACUGAAGCUUUCUCUGUACAUAUGAAAUUAAUGUAGACUUACGUACCUAUCUCUUUAAAUAUACAAACAGCUUAAACAAUUUGGUGUUACAGUUAAAUUUGAGAAUAUUUUCAACUAUUUGAAGAGGUAGAAUACUUGCCAUGUGUAGAUAUUAUAGAAAUGAUUCCAAAUAGCUUCACCAAUGUAUAUUUAAUUUAAUAAUUUAAAUUAUUCUUGAUAAUUUUCUAUGCGAGUAUAUGUCAAUGUGCCAUAACAACCUUACGUUUGCACAGCACAUAUUUCAUUUCCUUUAAAGACUGCACUUGUAUCCAAAGACAACUUAAUCUAAUGUAAAUUGUUUCUUGAGAAAGAAGAAAUGAUUAUCGAAUGUUAUUUAUUGUAAUACUAAAAACUCAAUCAUUGUGAAUACAAAAAGCUUAAAUAAACUACUCAUAAACA